GUCGUAUCCUGGGAACGCAUUUCUAACCAUCAUAAAAGCAAAAUGUAAACAAUAUAAAAUAAUUUAUGUAGUAAUUAAAACCAAAGUUUGUAAAAUGAUGGAUAAAAUAGCGAGGUACACAGGAUAUUAUAAAAGUCCAGAUGGAAUUCAAAAUUUUAAAAUCAGGAUUCGAUUGAAGGAAGAAUUAAUGGACGUCAAUGAUGGAGAGGAAAAGUGGCACAUUAAAGAAUUUAUAUGGCAGGAAAAACUAUUCAACAAGGACGAAUUUCUAUAUUACUCAGAUAUCAAAAAUUGUGUAACGGAUUUGGAAAGAAAAUAUUACGAACAGAUUGUUAAUGGCGAAGCUACUAACGAUUCGAUAUUUUACACUUAUAUUAACCAAGAUUAUAGUAAUAUUGAAGAUACUGAGGAAGAUAGAAAACAAACCAGUCUAGAAAAAUUAAUGGACACAUUACAUUUAAGUCAAGAGCGCGAAGGUAUUCAAGAGGAGUACGAGUUUGAGAAAUCCGUUUUAAGUGCUUUAGAUAAUAAAGUAAUACAAAACGAGGUGGAAAAAAUGUUUAUAGUUGCAGAUUUGGGGGAGUAUCUCGAAGACGUCUGGAUAAAAAAUGAAAUAAUUUUAUGUGCUAUUAGAUAUGACAAGAUAUCAAAAACAAUAUCCGUUUUUCCGGAUUUUACCACAACAAAACCAUAUAUUUUGAAAAUUCAUGGUCAUACUCUAAGACAUGUUAAUUAUUUUGUUGAACAUGCGUCUGCUGACAUACCAGAUUCCGAAGCAUUCAAGGAAAAUGAAAUUAUAAGAAAAAUUUCAGAUAAAAAGAUUUCCUUGACAAAAGAAAUUACCGGUGAAGAUUUUUUUUUGCCACCAAAAAACAAAUUAUUCGUAUACCUAUUCUUCGAUAUACUAUCUGCUAAAGGUUUUGAGUAUGAUAAUUUGUUUAUGCAAUAUUUUAUUGAUCUACCUGCCCAUUGGACCUGCGAAAAUCCUGAAACUUUGAGUGGAGUUACUUCGAUGUGUCACAGUAAAGGUGAGGAUGGUAUUGUGUACUAUGGUCACAAUUUUGACGUUGUCUUGGAGUACGAUAUUCAGUCUUUACAGGAUACAACAACUCCGAAAAAUCCUUGUAUCUAUUUUCAAAUAAUUUCAAAAUCAUCUUGGGAACGUUACCGGACUGAAGGGAUUGCCUACCAAUAUUUACCAAUUUCUAGACCUAAUUGUUAUCUAUACGACUUAUCCUGUUAUCGGUUCGAUCCUGGAGAAUGUUCUGGAAAAUUAAGAAGAUACUUUAUUGGUGAUGCUUAUAAUUACAGAGAUGUGAGAUGGGUUGGAUUACCUACAGGUCAAUGUGAUACUAAUACGUUUAACAAAUUCGGCGUAAACACAGUUGGUACAGGAGAAAUGAAAUUUCGAGUCAACGUCCUUCAUCAGUCACAAGCGUUUCUGAAAGAAUUUAAUGAAGGAGACGUUCAAGGAAAAUUCAUUUAUGAAAAAUUGAACUCUUCUAGUUUGAUACGAAGCGUAAAUCAAGUUUUACUGGCUUUCAAGAAGGCAAGAAGAAAAAUGUAUGAAGUUAAAAAACAUUUGUGAGUUUUUAUUUAGAAAUAAAAUAUUUUUUUUUAA